AGGUUGUGGACAACUGGUUGUGGAAGGGAUCCGGGAAAAGGAAUGCACUAUUGAGAUGUCCUGCUGAUUAUUGUAACAGCAGGUAGGAGUUGCUGUGGCGCGCUUCGCUGUUCCAGUGCUGCGACAGUACAGGAUUAUGUCCCAACAUGCUUUGCUGUCCAUGGGAGCCAAGUCAUGGCGGUCCCUUGCCUGCUCCCGUUCAGAGCUGCGGCUGGAUUUGACUCUGGGCUGUGGCCAGACCUUCAGGUGGCGUGAGACGGGCGAAGGCCACUGGACAGGUGUGAUGGCUGGUCGGGUGUGGACGCUGACACAGACAGACGACAGACUGUGGUAUCACACCUACAGCACUCAGGGCAGUGAAGGAGAGGUGAAUGGGAGGAAGAGAGCAGGAGUCAGGCCACAUGGGAAUGGGAAGAGGACAAAAGGAACGAUCACAGUGAAGGAGGAAGAGACCAGUGAGGGCCAGGAACCAAAGGUCUUGAACUCUGAACAGGACACUAAGGAGGAACAGGCCCUGAAGGAUUACUUCCAGUUGAACGUGAAGCUGGUGGACCUGUACAAGGAAUGGGGCACUGCAGACCAUCACUUCAAACGCAUUGCCGAAACAUUCAUAGGCGUGCGGAUGCUGCGUCAGGACCCCACCGAAUGCCUCUUCUCCUUCAUCUGCACCUCCAACAACCACAUCUCGCGCAUCCAGGGCAUGGUGGAGAGGCUGUGCAAUACCCUGGGGGCACCCCUGUGCCAGCUGGAUGGCACCUCCUACCAUGAUUUCCCUACUCUGGAGUCCUUGGCUGACAGCAGUGUGGAGGCGUGUCUCAGGGAUUUGGGUUUCGGAUAUCGUGCCCGUUUUCUGCAGCAGAGUGCCAGGCAGAUCCUGGACACUCAUGGUACAGACUGGCUGCAGAGACUGCGCAGCGCCCCCUACCUGGAAGCUCGGGAUGCACUGCGCAGCUUGCCUGGGGUUGGACUCAAGGUGGCAGACUGUGUGUGCCUGAUGUCUCUGGACAAGGCGUGUGCGGUGCCUGUGGACACACACGUGUGGCAGAUUGCUCGGAGGGACUACCGCUGUGGCGCAGGGACAGGCCAAAAGAGCCUGACUGACAGAGUCCAUCGGGAUAUUGGCGAUUUCUUCAGACAGCUGUGGGGUCCCUACGCUGGAUGGGCACACUCAGUACUGUUUUGUUCUGACCUGAAGAAAUUCCAGAAGUUGAAAGAAAUAGCAAUAAAAAAGGAGGAGGAUGUUGAAAUGAAGAUCAGUGAAAAAACACUGAAGAAAAAUGGAGACAGAGAAAGUGUGCGGAGAGUGAAGAGAGUAAAAUGUGAGGAUGCAGAGUAGACAAAAAAGUAAGAAAAUUGUCAGAGGUGACAUCUUCUGAUUGUCUUUAACAAACAAAAUACAAACGGAGAAAGUGGAGUCCAGGUAAUUUAGUUUGAGAAAAUGAAAAGUUUUAUACAAAUUCUUUUAUACUGUUCUAUUCUUUAGACUGGUGCUUUGUAAGAUAUGUAAUAUGUCACUUUGCUCUACUUUGGUUGAGAGGAUUGUACUUCCAUUGGUGUCAUGUGGUUUUUCCUUGCCAGUGUAAGUCAUACAACAUCACCAGUAGUGAAAACAGUUGAGGAGACUGCAGAAGUGCAGCCCAGGAAACUAGAUUGGUGGUCCAUGUUUUGUCUAUAAACUGAUCUGAGGUGAACUAUAUGACUUUGGAAACACUGAGAUAUGGUUAGGCUCUGAGGAUAUUAACAUUUAUUCUCAAAGUAUGCCUUGCCCACAGAUAUGCUGACCUAAUCUAAAUGGAUCUGUUUGGAUGAAUCAAGAUUUUUUUCUUGCAGAGAACAAGAUCCUUUCGCACAAACAAUGUAGUGGGGUGUGUGUAAAAAAUAAAUUGAAAGCCCAGUCCUGUGUUCACACAGCAUGCCCUCUGAAGGACAUGUGCACAAUUUGUGUGACCUUUUAAGAAAACAAGGGUGUAGUUUGUAGUCAGAUCUCAGGCUUACUAAAGGCAUCAUCAAGAAUCUCUAGUGUUUAUUAGAGAAUGAAAAACCAACUGGCAGAACUAGCCUUAAAAAUCGUCCGUACCUAAAUAUGGUAUCUUUAAGACAUUACAUUCCAUGGGGUCAAUCAUAGAUACCCAUUCGCGCAUUCUGAUAGAUAUGAAAUUAACUGAUACACUGUACAUUUUUUUUACACUGUGGAUUUUUUUACUGGGUGAUUUGUAAUACGGUUCUGUUCAAAGGUUGGGGUAGGGUGGGUAGGUUCUAUGGAUUCUUACCAAAAAUCUUGUAACUGAGAAUAAAUCCUGUAAUUUUUGUAAUCAAAACAAGAACAUAGAUUUGUGUCUCUGACUCCCAAAACUAAACAUUAUAAAAACACAGUUGAUUGUAUUUUACAUAUGGGCAACAAUUCCUCUAACCAGUGCACUGACUAUGAACAAGUAUGUAAUAUAAUUAAUGACUCAUUUAGCUCUCCUGUCUUUUGCCACAGCAGAAAAAAACUGUAAUGCCCAUUAUAUUACAUAACAGUUUCCUUAUCUGACAGCCAGAGUGAGUUAGAAUUCUGACUGUAUUGCUCUUUCUACAAUCAAUUUACACUGCUGGAUUUUUUUCCUGGGUAACUGAGGUGAUAUAUCUUCCUGUAGAAUACAUCAGUAAUGUAACACUAGUCCAGUACUCUGAACCCUGAGUGACUGUAUAAAUGCAGCUUCAUGUACGUGAUCAUGGAUGAGAUUAGCCUGAAUUAGGUACUGUAUGCAGGGCAGUGUGGUGCCACUAGAUGGCAUUAGGCUGAGUGAAAUACAUAGCUGGUAUUGCAUGAUUUACUGUGCAAAUUCUCAAACUGUUUCUCCUUAGUUGUACAUAUUUUAAUA